AUGGCAGCGAAGUGGGGGAAGGGCACCCAGGGCAUGGAACGGGACUAUGGAAGUAACCAAGAAGGUGGGGGCCCUGAUCCAUCAGACCCCCAGGGCCACCCCUCAGCCAGAAGCCAGAAACUGGGGGGUGGCCUCAGCGGGUCCCAGGGACCAUGGAUAAACUCAGAGUCUGGAUACUUCAGGCAGGGGUUGUCAUUAUCUAGCAAGGCCAUCACUGAUGGGGCCUGUGGCCCAGCCUCCCAGGCCCGCAGCCCUGAGUCCAUUCACCAGCCAUUCCAGGACGCUGCGGAGGUUAGCUCCCAGUGUGGCUAUGAGCUGGCCUCCCAGGAUGCCCUGAGACUCGCCUCCACUAGCCUGAUUCCAAGCCCCAUCGUGGGAGCCCAAGUGCAUCUUGUCAUGGAGAAUGGGACCAUGGCCUUACCCUUGUGCACGAGCAAUGACAGCACCAGUGAUGUGGCCCAGCAUGGACUCUGCUGCUCCCAAUUUCAGAUUCAGGUUGCGAGGGAGGACAAGACUCCAGCAAAAGUCCUGGUAGGCUGGGGCAAGGGCCCCUGCAGCCCCGACCAGAUAGUCCCCUUGGGUAUUAUGAAGAGCCGGUGGCUACCCUGUUGCCUUUCAGUGGAGGAUCGCUCAGCGGCAGCCCAAGAUCAGGGCCAGGGCAAGUGCCUAUGUUCAGCUCAGGCUCCUCCAACUCCAACGAAGGCAAAGCCUCCAGCUCUGGAUGCAACCCCAAUGCCAGCAGCAGUUGAACCUUACAGUUGCAGCCCUGACCACAUGACCGACAGCACUGCUAUCCCCAAGGGCUUGUCCCAAAACAACCUGCUCAGGAAGCGUGGCAACCAACGGGCAAUCCCCUCGGAGUCUUCCAAAGUGGUCACAUCCUGCCAAGACAAAGUGAAUUUCUGUUCUCAGGAGAAACCUCCCACCCCACCACCCACUCCACAAGAGUCCCCAGACUAUGCCCAGGAGCUCGAGGUUUCCAGAAGGCAGGUGUUACCCAAGCAGCCCGAGAACCCAGCAGAGAAGUCCCUGGUCUAUACCUGUAGGCCAGGCAGCCCCACACCAGUCUCAAGAACCCCAGGCACUCCCAAGUCCGCGAGGAAUAGCCAGGACAUCUACAGGUCUCAGCCAGACCAGCAGACCCUGAAUGUUGGUAACAACUCCUGCUCUAGUGUGCCACUCUCUGCCUACCAAGUAACUGGCCACAAGCAGUCUCCAGUCCCGUCUCCCAGGGAAGCCAUGCAGAUCCCCUCCUCCAGUGCCCCUACUUGCCAGCUCCAGGACUCUGUGGAAGACCAUGUGCUAGUGUUUGAUAUGGCCACAGGCAACACCACGCUGGGGCUGCUGUGCCAUGACCCCAUGGGCUCACGGGCAGUGCUGGUGGGCUUCAUGCCCAGCCACCCAUCCAUCUAUGCUUCUGAAAAUAUGCUGUCCACCCGGCCAUUGGCUAUGCCCAUCCUCUCCCCUGAUAACGCUCGCUCCAGCUUCUGGCCAACCUUGCCCAUGCUGGCCAGCCCUGUGCCCUCCAGCCUCUCAUCUGGCAGCUAUCGAGAGGUGGCCCUGGUGCCCAAGGAGGCCAGGCUUAACCUGGAGUCCCGGGACUCCCCUAGUACUGAGACACCCGUCAGGGUGGGGAUGCUCCCUGGGCCUGUUCCAUUGGGGAUGCCACUCCAAUUUGAUGAGAAGAUACUGAGCCAUGUCCAUGAUCCUGGCUCGUCCAAAUCUGAUGCUGACAACAAUGAAUCUGGUCACACCAUCUGGAUGCUGGAUGCCUCUGGGAUGCAGGACACUCCGAUGAUCCAGGCCAAGAAACUGCAGUGGGUGAACUCAGAGCAGACUCCAGAGCCUGCUCCUUCAACCAAACCCCAGGAGAUGCCCAGAUCCCUGCUCCAGGAGGAUACAGCCAGCCACAACCAGAAAGAGGUCAUUACUGCUCAUCCUGAAAAUACUUGGGCUGAAGCGACUGGGCAGGCCCUCCUUGGUGUUUGGCCCCCACAAGCUGAGUGGCAUCCCCUCACUGGACAGCCGCCUCCAACCGGUCAGCCUCCCUUUUCUGAGCAGCGCCCUUUCCCCAGGAAAACCCACUUUUCUGGACAGAUUCCCCUAGCUGAGCAGCAUCCUUCCACCAAGCAGCCCCCCCUUUCUGAUCAGCCCCCUCUCACUGGAACACCUCUUGCCAGGCAGCUUUCUCUCACUGGGCAGUCUCCCUUUUUCCAAGAACCCCCCAUCUCCAAAGAGCCAAUCCUCUCAAGAGACCCCCCUACCACCAGGGAGCCUGGCCAAGCUUCCAUCCUGUGCCAGGAAAGUGAGUCCUUGGGUCUGCCCACCCAUGUGGGGGUACUUCAGGUGCCCCAGAUCCCUGAGAAAAUCUGUGUCUAUGUGAGCAAAGAAAAGGUGGGUACCAGUGCCGCUCCAAGCUCCAGCACACAUUGGCUCUCAUCCUGGCAACAUGACAGCUCUCACAGGGCCCAGGAGCAGCAGCUCUCCCCAGUUACAUUCACCACACCUGGCACUGGCUGCAAGGUCUUGCCCAUGGCCAUGGUGGGCACUGAGGCGCAGGGUCCCCAGUCUAAGCUGACAGCUGAAGACAUUACAGACUCGGCCACGGUCACACACCUUGGCCUGCUUCGCGGGGCCUGCUAUGAGCUGGUGUCCACCCUGGAUGCUCUGCCGGAACAGUCCCCAGUGCUUCGCCGCCACUCACUGGGCUCCUACCAGGACAUGGCAGCCGUGGUAAUUGACACAGGCACAGGUUUCACCAAAUGUGGACUGGCUGGAGAGGACCAUGGCUUCAGUGUGGUGCCCUCAUGCAUCCAGCUGCUGCAGCAGCCAGUCCAGGGCCAGCCCAGGUAUGCGGUGCCUGAGAACCGAGAGGGCUCCUACUCAGUGCUGAAUCGAGGCGUGGUCUCUGACUGGGACGCACUGGAGAUGCUGUGGCAGCACCUGUUCUACUGCAGGCUAGGCAUGCAGCCUGAACAGCUGGCAGUACUUGUGGCCGACUCACCCGUCUCCCCGAGCACCAACCGAGAAAAGGUGGCCGAAAUACUCUUUGAGCGUUUCCAUGUGCCAGCCAUGCAGACAGUGCACCAGGCCCUGCUGGCGCUCUAUGCUUAUGGGCGAACCACUGGGCUGGUGCUGGGCAGUGGCUAUGGCACCUCCUAUGUGGCACCCAUCCUCAGUGGGGAUCUGGCCCCACGUGACAUCUACCGGCUGGAUGUGGCUGGUGCUGACCUCACUGAAUACCUGGCUCAGCUACUGCUGGCAGGUGGGCACUCACUGCCCAAUGCAGGGCUGGUCAACCAGAUUAAAGAGGCCUGCUGCUACGUGGCCAUGGAUGUGACAGCUGAGAUGGCCCGCACCCAGGGUCAGGCCGGGGUGGACUUCGUGCUUCCAGACAAGCAGGUCAUCACGCUGGGCUCCGAGUGUUUCUGCUGCCCUGAGGCCCUCUUCCAGCCCAAUCUGCUAGGCCUCAACCGGCCAGGCCUCGCACAACUAGCCCUCCUAAGCAUCAGCCAGCUGGAGGCCAAGCAGCAGGAGCAGCUGCUGGCCAAUGUGGUACUAGACGGUGGCAGCACCCUGGUAAGAGGCUUUCCUGAGCGCCUGAGACAGGAGCUGGGCCCCCGUGCCACUGUGCUGGACUUGCCCCACCGUGUUGCUGCCGCUUGGAUUGGAGGCUCCAUCAUGGCGUCCCAGGACUCCUUCCAGAGCCUGUGGCUCAGCCGCCGUGAGUAUGAGGAGGAGGGCCCAUGGGCCAUCUACAAGUACCAUCUGUGA